UCUUUGCAGGUCUCGCGUCUUCACAGAAACUGAUGCAUUGCUGGAUUAGGAGUUUCAUAUUCUGAACAACAAACUGGCUGGAAAACUACCAUCUCUGGACUAUAAUGACUAUCAGCUAAGAAUUGUACCUCCACAGUGAGGUUCUCAUCACCUUCAUGCUGGAUUUUGGCAGAUUUUCCCGGAGCAGCAGAUCCAGAAAGAUGCUCUCUGGGACAUGACGAGUUCUUUGAGUGUUUGUGGAGUCAGAACACGAGGGUCCUCAGAUGAAAGACUCCUUCUUUCCUCUUGUUUUUGGGAUGGAGAGCGAAGUGACGAUACUGAGAUGUGCUGCGAUGGUGGUGAUCCUGAUGAACUGCACAGACGAUAUUUGGACGCUCCCCGCCCCCAGCAGGGUCUUUGUGGACUCUGUUAACAUGAGGCACAUUCUGAGGUGGCGCCCCCCACAGGCAGCGUGCAACACCACAGUUUUGUUCUCUGUUCAGUUUCAGGGAGAGUUUGAGCUGCUGGUGAAGAAUGGCACCUGGAUGGACGUCUUCGACUGUCAGCAGAUCCCGUUCGCCCACUGUGACCUGAGCUUUGAGGUGGGAUCCGACUCCGACUAUGACUUGCAGGUCCGAGCUCAGUGCGGCUCGGAGGUUUCAAACUGGACCAAGCUCGGCUCUCCGUUCAACAGAAGAAACACUCAGCUAACUGUGCCUGAAAUGAAGGUGAAAACAGCAGGUGAUACUCUGCAGGUGUUGAUGGAAGAAUUUCCUCUUUCUGCUUCCAUCAAACUGACGGUGUGGAGGAAAGAUGAGCAGCAGAAAGUGGAGUACUCUUUGACACCAGAGCAACCGAUGCUGCACAUUGAGGGGCUGCAUGAGGGGAAAGUGUACUGCGUCAGGGCUCAGCUCAUGCUGUACUCGGGGGUUCGCAGCAGCAGCACCCGCCCCCACUGUGUGUUAGUCACAGGUCCAGAGAUUGCAGCUUGGAGGACUCCUACCACCGUGACUGUGACCCUCAUCAUCAUGCUGGGCCUGCUGUUUGCGGUGUUCUGGUCUGUCAUCCAUUGCCGUCCGGGUUCAUGCAAAAACUUCCUCAAGAAAAAGUCGCUGCCUGACUCGCUGAAUGUCAAGGUCAUCCCGAUGGUGGAGCAAGCUCACAAUGAGGAGUUCUGGGAGCCGAAGCCUCAGGUGCUAAAUUCAGACUCUGUGUGAGGAGGAGAACAAAGACAUGCUGCCUUCAUACGCUGCAGAUUUAAAGAAACAUAUGGAUUUUCUGCUCGUGUGGACGUAUGCUGCAUUGGAAUCCUUAAGAAAAGAGCUGGAAAAAAAGGAGAACAAAGAAAAAAAGGCUUAACUCUGCAGAGCAAGUGGAGGAUUAUGAUACCCGGCUGAUCUAUGACUUUGUAAAUAUAUUCAAUAACUUUUCCUAACAAGCUCAUAUUAUCAGCUCUGUGAGCCAGAAAUGAAAAAUGAGCUUCUUGUUUUAUCACACUGCUUUAAUUAAAGCACAUACCUGUUUC